GGAGUCAACAUCUCCUGCUCUGACUGCAGCUGGGACGGACUGCUGUGCGAGGAUUGGGCCGCCUCUAUGAAAGGGGCCCAUUGGCAUCAAUGCCCGCUUGGGAGCUGUGCCUCCUGCAUUGUCAGACAUUGAUGAGGGUGCAGCUUCUGAUCGGGAGGGCCAAUUUCAAGCGGAAGGCGUAGAAAUGCUCAGCACUGAUGUGGAUGAGACUACACUGGAAGCAUCAGAGGUUCGCGAAAUGCUACAAGACAGUUUUGAUGUGGGACAGAUGGACCUUGAGGAGGACCAAGUAAACACACUGGAAAAUUGUGUAGUUGCCUUUUAUAAAAAUCCGUCUGUAGGCGUACGAUUGGGCUUCUUUGUGCUUGAGUUGUGGGAGAGCUGCAGCGCUACAGAGCAGAGCCUAGCAUCAGCAUUGAUGACUGUCCCCUGCAGUGGUGGUCUGCUCACUCAGGAGCCCUAUGAAAAGCUGUCUGCCCGAGCACGCAAGCAGUGUUGGGAGAUGGAGGGAAUGAUUCACCAGGUCAUAAUGCUCAGUACUGCAGUUACUCCACCAUGGCAGAGUCCACAAAGGAAAUAAUCAGUGUUGUAACUUUGGACAAGAGGCAGACAGGACGGUCCUCGGUCAUCAUGGAAAGGGAGGCCUUUAUCCAGACAGUGGAGAAACUUCAUGCCGAGGUUAAACUUGUGGAACUCUGCACAGAUGCACAUGUCCAGAUUGGAGCCCUUAAGAACCCAGAGAGAGGAAAAUUCAAAGACUAUGGCUGCACUGGUAAAAGGGAAUGGCAUACUCCUCACCUGGUUAAAGGAUAUCGUUAACCAUUUCUGGUGGUGCUGCAAGAAGGCAGACACGGCAGAACAAUUUUUUGCACUAUGGAUUGGAAUUAUACACCAUUGCUGUGGCACUCACACCUGGGCUGUUGGAUCCUGCCAUCAUGAACAUCUGCAAGAAUUCACCCAAAAGGAAACCAUCCAGGAGAACUCUGUGGCACACAAGGCUCUACUGAAUAUCACUGAGAACAAGAGAUGGCUAAAGUAUGUCCACAAAUAUUUAACAUUCAGAUCGACAGCUGACCUAGAGGCUUUCCAGAGCCACAUCCUAAUGUAUACCAGCAAGCGCUACGCUUUCUCACCGCCUGUGUAUAAAGCCAGAGUUCUUCUUGCUGCCUUGGAUUACGACUUUCACCUCCAAAGAGCAUUCAUGCGAUCAAAAGAUGGCAAGAAGAUAUUCAAAAGGCUCUACAAAAGAAACGCCAGGCGGUGGAGUGUAUAUGCCCUAAAGACUCCUAAGACAUAUGGAUACAUCAGGGAACUGCAGACCAAGAUUGUGGCCAAGAGACUGUCCUCAGGUGAGGGGAUGCCUGUAAGAAGGCCCCAGCGCCCAGAUGACCCAAGAAGACUUGGCCCACUCCCACCCAUUCCCCCGCCACCCACUGCAGAACUUGCAAAGGCACAACUCAGAAGAGGUGAUGAUGCUGUGUGACAACAGGAGCUACCACCUAUAGACUCUUCCCCCUGUCAUCAUCACUUGUCACUGAAAAUGUCAACAUGAAAAUGAAAAAUGAAAAUUAAGUAAAAGGGUUGUAUUGAAGUCAAUAUGUCUUGAAAAUAAGUGAGUUUAUGUUAUUGCUUCAUAUAAACUCAGUCAGGUUAUAAAUGUAUGUCUUCAAGCACAGAUUACUGUCAUUAACAAGAAGAUGACAGAAAUGAGUGCUGAAAAUGACAUUAUAAAUAGUCUUGUUCUCCACAACUCGAAAUUCAGUUUACUGUAAGAGAUGACUAAAGAAGCCCGAAGCGCAAAUUAGACGUUUGAUUUGUUUUACUUCAGUAAAUUACUGAAAACAAUCAUCAAAAUGGAUUACAGUGUAAUUAAUAAUAACCAAGUAAUUGUUGCAGCUGUACUGGGAUGCACAGUAAACUUCCAAACAGGUGUAACUUUUAUAAAAAUGAAAUUUUGUUGUUUCCCGUAUGUGUAUCCCUGCCAUAGAAACAUCUUGCCAAACAAAAAUUGGAUUUUGAACUAAUUGAUUCAAAUGAAUUUGAACAUUACUUCAAAUUCACUUUGGAAAACAUGUAUGAACCCUGUGUUAACCACAGAUCAGAAUACUUUUAUGGUCUUUUAUAAUUACAUUAUUUGUGAAUGAAAGUGAUCCACACCGUGAUUUUAGAAGAUAUAUUUAUUUACAAAUAAAGAACAAUAACUUGUGAAUGUAAUUACUCUUCACAAUUAUAAAAAUGGCUAAGAUCUGCUGAACUGUUGCAGGUCUGAACUGCCUUUGAUGACCAGAUGAUGCAUGUACUGUAUCUGUGACUUUGGGCUGAGUUUUUGGGAGCUGAAAAGUUGUUGCAGAUGUCUGAGAGCUAUUCUAGUGUCCAGGAGUAAAGCCUGUAUACCGUCCAUGAGGGUCAGGCCACUUGUCCCUGAUCUGCCAUACACAGCAGCUAGGGAUGACUAACCGGUUUCCCCGCCCCACUGCCCCAUGCUGCCAGUAGAUAAAAGAUCUAUAUGCAGCAUAACGGUACUCCCGGUUGUCAUCCCCAGGCUCCCUUGCAAUGCCAAGCGCGGUGAUGUCCUUUCUGUAGUUCCUAUGUAUGCGCAGAAUUCCAGCAUCAAGGCAGUACAGGGAGAAAGAUGGCAGUCUGCUGAUACAAUGGGCUGGCUCCUGACCACAGCACUUUCUCUCUAAGUCUGUGGGCAUCUCCCUGCAAUUUCCACAGACACUCCAUGGCACUCCUUGAACCCCUGCAGAUGGAGGAGCACCAUGACGACCCUGAUGCAUCAUCAGAGCAUCGAAAACCAGUCCAGGCUGUAGUUCAAAGAGUCCCCUGCCAAGCUCCCUCCAUUCAUCCAGGAUCAACUGCUAAAGCUGCCUCUGUAAAAGAUGAACAGAAACACUGUUAUAAAUCAUGGUUUAGCCACAGUAUGCUGAUAUUUGUAGAAUUUAUUUCAAAUAAUUAAAAAAAGAGGACGUUGUAGAUAGAGGCACAGUUGAUACAUACCUCUGUUUCCUCUGUCCUGCCAGCACGCAGGGACAUCUAGGCUGCGUUCCAAAAACAGUUUGAGUCGCCCUCGCUCACUUGCCCUCAGCCCUUGCUAUGACGUCACACUGAGGCCACUUGGAGGGCGGAGGGAAAGUGGGCGGAGGGGGAGUGAAAGAGGUAAAUGGAACACACCUGCCCUCGUUCACUCACAGGCCAGACAAUCAUGGAUCAACCACAUGUUGUUGGAGUAGCGCUAUACUGCCUAUUCCAAAUCACACAAAAUAUACGGAGACUCAUGUCAUUAAGACGGAGACGUAUUCUGCGCUUGAUGGCAAUACGUCGGUACCUGGUAAUUAUCAGAAUUAUUAGUUUUGUAUCAA